AUGACUUCAGCAGCCGCACCGCCGCCACCGCCCGAGGAUGUCCAACGUCCCUUGUCAGAGUCCAUCGCUGCCGCAACCCGUUCCGUUCAUACGAAGCUUAACAGGCUGAUCAUCGCCCGUCUGCCGCUGGCGAUCCCUCCCCGAUCUGCCGACCCCGCCAUUUACGUCUCUGGUCUGCUUCACAUUGCCCCUAUCUACAUCGCUUUUGAGUCACUAUUGAAGGAUAUCGUCGACUCUUCUGCCGCGGCGAAAUAUGACUCCGCGCAAGGCACCUCGGAGGUUCCGUCUACAGUUUCCAACGCCGAGACUAGGUUGAAAAACAAUGUCGCCAUCACCGAAAGGACUCGGUCGAUAUUGGAGUCCAUUUACUUGCCAGGACUGAUGCGCUCAGAUCGGUUGCGGUCAGACAUUCGCUCUCUUACAGGAUGGUCUCCUGAGGUUGUCGAAGAGCAGUUGAGAAUCGUCUCUGAAUCAAGUCGCCUCGCCGAGUUCGUACGGCAUGUAAAACGCACGAUCGAAAGGAAGCCGCAUGUCUUGCUAGCCUACUCGUACAUCCUUUUCAUGGCUCUCUUUGCUGGUGGAAGGUUUAUCAGGGCGACCCUCGAGUCCGCAGGUUCAGACUUUUGGGACCAAGUACCAUCGCCAAUCCCACCAUCUCAGCAGGCCUGUCAACCACGCCCGCAAAAGAAACAUGAAGCAAGAGCGCCGGUUGAUCUAUUUGGAGGGGAUAGUGGAACUCUCGAAAUCGGCGAAAAGCAUCUGCGGCACACGUUCCCUCUGAGUUUCUUCCACUUUGCCACUGCUCUUGAUGGCGAGGAUCUAAAGAAGGAGUUUAAGAGAAGACUGGCGGAAUCCGAGGGCCUUCUGACUGCACAGGAGCAUCAUGAUGUCAUACAAGAGGCAAUCUGCAUAUUUGACAACAUGCUGCUCCUCGUCAGCCAGCUCGACAACGUCUGCGAGACCGACUUCGAGGAUGACAAGGCCAUGAGCUCUUGGAUUUCACUUGGAUCUGGCGGCCGGCUGCGCGACAGCGUGGUAGUGACUCACGAGAGGAGAGCGCAGGCUUCUCAGCGAGGUUCCGAAGACAGCGAGAGGUCGAACACGUGGCUCUGCAAACAUGCAAGGCAGAAAAGGUCCGAGACUUCAGCGGCACCAGUUCCGAUCGACCUCGAGGGACAACCGCCCGCAUGCUGUCCGGCGUCGGGGUCUAUGAAAUUCGACGGGAAGCUGCCGGUCCCCGACAGGAAGGGUCAGGGCGCAUUCUCGACCGACGGCGCGGCUGAUAUGCCGCCCUCCACGCGGCAAGCGAGGUCUUUCAUCGCCUUGUUAUCCAAUAUCGUCCUCAUCGCAGGACUGGCCGCGAUCGUGGGCAUGUUUUGCUUGGCUAGGAGGUCAUGA